AUGUUAACCUGGACUGGUCACCUAAAAGAAGUUCACAAAGAUAUUUACAUAGGGAAACUAGCAAAAUUUGUGGACACAAAAUUACGAUCAGACAAAGAAGUGUUAUUUAAUAUAAGUAUCAUUGUUAGUGACUUAGAAACUAUAUUGUCACUUGAAGGAAGGUCUAUAGACCCUCAUGUAGAAAUUGAAACUAACUCAUCUACCUAUAUCCAAUUUUCUGUGGGGCAUAGAACACUAAUAACACUUAGUUCAGUACUAGCACUUGGUGUUGCCUUUUUCAUACUACUGAUAUCUUAUCAUACCAGGUCACUUCCACAAACUUUAUUUAGGUUUAUUUUGACAGGUCUCAUGAAGAGCCCAAGGAAUUGCAGCUUGGCAGAUAUUUCUCAAAAUUAUCCACUUUUUGUAGAAUUUCUUAAAAGUUCACAGCUUACCCUUUGUAAGAUCAUUCAUAAUAAGUAUGAAGAGCUGAAACAAAUGUUUCCACAUUCCCAAGAUGCAAUUGCUCAAGUGAUUCAACAAAUUGUCACAGCACUAUUUUACAAUGUAUUGGAAGCUUACAAACUUGUUAAGCACAACCAUAGAGGGUUAUAUCCUGUCAUUAAUAUUCACCGAUCCAGGAAGUCUCAUUCAAUGGACCGCACUCCAUGCCUGACAAAGCGGUCACAUCGUGGAGCAGCAGUGAGCGUGAAAACACAAGGACCAGUAAGACGGAGCAAUGAGGGACCGCCUUCAUUACCAUCUGCAAUACCUUCACAAGAUAGUGAUUCUCAUGAAACCCCACCAAAAGUGUUCCAGGCUGCCCAGUAUGAACAGCAUCUUGUAGAGACACUUGAAAAGGAUAUCAUUCAUAGAAAUCCUAAUGUGCAGUGGAACCGUGUCGCUGGGCUGAGCGAAGCAAAAGCAAUACUUCAGGAAGCCAUGGUACUCCCAAUGCUGAUGCCUGAUUUCUUCUGUGGAAUAAGAAGACCAUGGAAAGGAAUUCUUAUGGUGGGACCUCCAGGAACAGGAAAGACUAUGUUGGCUAAGGCAGUUGCAGCUGAGUGUGGUUCAACAUUCUUCAAUAUUUCUUCAGCAACACUUACCUCAAAAUACCGUGGAGACUCAGAAAAGCUUGUGCGACUAUUAUUUGAAAUGGCUCACUUUUAUGCCCCAAGCACUAUUUUUAUAGAUGAAAUAGAUUCACUGUGUUCACAACAUGGUACAGAUUCAGAACAUGAAGCUUCCCGAAGAUUUAAGGCAGAACUGUUGAUUCAAAUGGAUGGUCUUAAUUCUAACAGCACCAACAAUCAUUCAGAUAACAAGGUGAUAAUGGUACUAGCAGCAACCAACCAUCCAUGGAACAUUGAUGAGGCAUUUCGCCGAAGAUUUGAGAAAAGGAUAUAUGUUCCUCUUCCAAACGAUGAAACAAGAUCUGCCUUGGUGAAACUAUGCCUAGAAGGAGUAAAUGUUGAUCCUCCUCUAGAUACUAACAAAGUUGCUGACAGCCUUAAGGGCUACACAGGAUCAGACAUAAGUAAUGUAUGUAGGGAUGCUGCCCUUAUGGCAAUGAGGCAUAAAAUAUGUGGCAGGAGUCCAGAAGAAAUUAAGAAAAUCAAGAAAGAAGAUGUUGAUCUACCAGUAACUAUGCAGGAUUUUGAUGAAGCAUUAACAAGAUGUAAAAAAAGUGUAUCAGCAGGAGACAUUGCAAAAUAUGAAGUUUGGAUGGAAGAAUUUGGAUCUUGCUAGAGACCUUGAAGUGAUGAUUAUUUUUUAUGAAGUGUAAA